AUGGCAAAAAUGUUGGUCUGUGCAAAGCAUAGGCACACCUAUGGGAAGUUCUGGCGCCAAAGAUCAGCGUGCCAGUAUCCGACACACCCUGGUAGCGAUUCCAAGGGGGCAAAGAGCCGGUAUUCUGUCAAUUUGGAAAUGUCAAAGGCCAUUUCUAAGAUGUAUGGCGUUCUCGUUCAAGUAGGUUCAGGUAGGAACAAGUGAUUUAAGAUACUGAAGUGGCUGAUUUCAACCAAUCUCUCCCGUUUUCUCCCCAAUCGCUCGUUCGUAUAAUAAUCCCUUUUUCCUACGUCCAGUUAUUUGUAUUAACUGCUGCAACAAGCACAAUGCUUCUGUGAAGGAAAUGCCAUGGGUCUCUUUGGAAUCCACAGAGAAAGAAGACAGUGAUUCCGGCGCUUAUGUGGAUGAGGUAAAAGAGUUUGUGCGAAUAAAAAGCGUUUGAUAUUGAUGCAUGCGGUUGUGUACAUAAGCUGAGAUACAUAACCCUUUUCCAAUAAGAAAAUGCUCUACGGGCGGUAAUUGUUAACAAAUAACUUUAGUAAUUAAUCAUAGCUUACUGGAGUUUUGCCUGUAUCAGGGAUCUCGAGGUAAUUGCCUUUUGGUUACGUUAAUUGCAAGACACACCGAAAGGUACAUCUGUUUGUAUCGAUUCAGUUUUUGUAGAUAUUUUGUAAACUACAAAAGAGAUGUGCCUAGUGCUAAAACAGUUAGCCUGGGUACAAGGCUCUCGGCGAAAAGCCUGUAGUAAGCAUCUGAGAGAACAGACGCCAUGUCUUUCUCUCGCGUGACUUCUCGCUCGCGCGUGCUAGGUUUAAUCACUCCCGCCCAGUUGACUUUGAAAGCAUGUUACCUAGUUUAUGUGUACAAAUUCAUCUAAAACUUGACAUCUUUAAUCGAAGGCCAAGCAAAGAUGCCGUUCUAGAGAAGUUCAAACUCACCUAUUACACCAAGUUCUUCCAGGCUAUCCCACAGCACCAAUGACGAAAUGUGGACUCCUUCAGCCGUGUUAGCGCUUGACGAAAGCAUAGAAAUACAGGAUUUCAGACCAACGAGAGGAAAUGUCCAAGAUCCAAUUCAAGUUUUUCAAUGCAUGCAUUGAUAGCCUCGCCGAUGCUGUACAAAAACCCAGGAUUACACAUUUGGAAUCCCAAGUAAAUUGUUGGGAAAAAUGCUCCUUUACUGAAAAAUCUGAAUUUGUGCGAAAAGCCGGGGAAGCGUGCCAGCUGGUGUGCGAUGUCAUAGCUCCAAGAGAUGGUAAAGCGUUAUUCCAAGCAGUCUUAGACCAUGAACAGAAGUGCAAGACAGCUAUUGAUGUUGGCCUUCAAACCCUUAUGGUCGCCUAUCAGAAUGCUCCCACAAAAUCACUUAAGACUCAAAUACUGAGUAUUUAUGCUGAUAGAUUCUCAGCCAACGAGCUUAAACCCAUACAUCAGCCAUUUGAAAACCUCUCCCAUAGACAAAUAAAGAAGGCAAGAGCACAGGCGAAGAGUGAGGGGCCUGGAGUGCCCAUUGAAAAAAUCCCGCGUCAUAGAAUCCGUAUACAACAGCGUCAGCUAGACCACUUCUUAGAGUUCACUAUGAGGCCAUAUUACUAUCAAGACGUAGCCUGCGGUACUCGCACCAUAAAACUUGAGAACGGUGAAGAGUUUGUCAUACCUAACGUGGUGCGCACAGUGGCCAAGUGCACCAUCAUUAAUCAAUACAUGGAUCAUUGCAAACAAACUGGAUUUCAACCGAUAAGUAAAUCCACGAUGUGGAGAGUACUAGAAGUUCAAGGGGCCACACAAAGGAAAUCAUAGCGGGGUCUAGACAAUACUGCAGCUGAGGGAGCGGAUGGUUUUAGGGAUUUUCUCCAAAUUAUAGACGAACUGGAACGCGUGGGAGCGGAAAAGGAUUGGUGUAAAGAAGUUCGGAAGAGGCUUCAGGAGAGCAAGUCGUAUUUGAAGACUACAUACCGUAAUCACUGCAAAGAGGACGAUAGAAAAUGUGCCGAUCACUGUAGGGUCUUUGCACUGAGCGAUGCUGGUGACACUUACUUUCAGAAAGUAUGCAGUCAUAGCCACAACGUGAAUUGUGAGGAUUGUGAGAAGCUGAAAAGUGUUCUUGAAGAAGUAAGUGGUGUUAUUUCUGACUACACAAUGCAAUUGGGUAAGGUUCAAGCGGAAGACCAUCUUUAUGAAGCAAGAAAUGCUGCCGCUAAGAUCUUUGGAUGGAAAGGGCAUAUCCUGAGAAAAGAGAAUCAGAAUCAGUGCAAGCGUCAAAUUCUUGAUUCUUUGAAGGGAGAUGAAGCAUUUAUAGUAGUUGACUGGGCAAUGAAGUUCACAGCAAUGAAGUUCCGGGAAAAGCAAGCAGAAUGGUUUGCUAAGAGGGGAAUCAAUUCGCAUGUGAGUAGCGUUGUUGUAAGACAGGAGGAAAGCCUAGAAGUAACUUGCUACGUACACCUUUUUAACAGCUGUAAACAAGACUGGUUUUCAGUGCUGUCAGUCCUUGAAAAUCUCUUUGUCACCAUAAAGUUACAAAAUCCAGGAAUAAAAAAGGCCUUUCUAAGAUCAGAUGAAGCAGGUUGCUAUCACAACAGUCGAAUCGAAUCGAAUCGGGAAUCGAACUCGUGAGGUACGAUCAUUCUGAGCCGCAGGCUGGAAAAGAUAUGUGACAGGAUUUUGUGUCCGUUAAAGCGUCAAUGAGGAGAUACUGCAACGAAGGCCAUGAUGUUGUUUCUGCCUGAGACAUGUAUAACGCAUUGAAAGAGAGACCGGUCAGGGGAACGACGGCGUCAGUGUGCAUAGUCCAGGAACAGAACUCAACCCUAGAAAUUAACAAGAUUGCCAAUUUCAACAACUUACACAACUUUGAGUUUACACAUGAAGGCCUGCGCGUUUGGAGAGCGUUUAAUGUUGGGCCUGGAAAGUUUAUUCCAUAGAAUAAAAUUGUAAUUUGUCCACAGAAAAAGACGGAUCUCGUGGAGGAGAUUCCAUUCUUCCCCACUACUGCUCGACGAAUUGCAUCAGUAGGAGAAAGCGAUGAUGGCAACGACGGUAGUUCCUAUCAAUGCCCUGAGCCUGGUUGCGAUGAAGAUUUUAAGACCCAGGCCGACCUUGACCUUCAUAUGAACUUGCUAGUUCAUCAUGUGAGUCCUGUGCCUGCGAGCAUGACUGAAAGUCUUUAUGACAAAGUGAAGAGGGAGUGGGUUCAUCACUUUCAGUCAUUGUCAUUAGGGAAUGAAAUUUCGACUGAACUGGUGGUAGUGGCCACAGAACCCUUGAUAAAUGCUUCACAGCUUCCCAUGGGAUGGGCUCUUCAUAAGAGAAGUGCAAGUGUACGGUUUUCGCAAAAUGUCAGGCAGUACUUGACACAGAAAUUUAAUAUUGGACGAGACACUGGCAGAAAACAAGACCCAGAGCAAGUUGCAAAGGAUAUGCGAACUGCCUGCACUAUAGAUGGAGAGGAUGUUCGAUAG